AGCCACGAAAACCAGUAGUCUUCUUCUUAUCAUGGCGAAGAGUACACACACACCCCUACACUAGUACUGUGUGAAGCACUUACUUAUUGAUCAAACCGUGGAAAUAGUAGAGCACUAAGUAAUUUAUGCACGAGAAAAUCGACGGUUGGUCGAGGCUUAGCAAAUGGGGGUUUCCGCUGUAUUUCAGCCUCCACCAGUGGCGGUGUUGAACCACCGUUCUCCGUGCCUUCCGAUUAGAAGCAUCAUAGGUUGGCACAGGCGUGAAAAUUACCGAAUUUUAGGGGUGGUAUUCGUUAAUAAUGAAAACACACCCUCCACAUCCACAUCCAUUUCCAGUCCCUCACCCAGCCAACAAGAACAAACUGAAGAACAACAAGGCGAUGUUCCAGAUGCAGAGGACCUUCAAUAUGUCAACCAAAUUAAAACAGUUUUGGAACUUCUCAAAAAAAACAGGGAUAUGCUCUUCAAUGAGGUCAAAUUAACGAUAAUGAUUGAAGAUCCCAGAGAUGUUGAGCGGCGGCGUCUGCUCGGAAUUGAUGAUGAAAAUGCUCCUAGCAGGGAUGAUCUUGCUGCUGCUUUAGUACAAGUAAAUGAAGGACAAGUACCUAAAGAUCGCGUUCUUUUGCGAAUGCUGGCUGAGGAAAUGCUUCAAUGGCCUAAUCUAGAGGUUGAAAUAGGAAAGGAGAAAAAACCUGGGAAAUCAUUAUACGCAAGAUUUACGGACACGGGCAUUGAUCCGAAAGAGGCUGCUAAGAGGCUGAAUAUUGAUUGGGAUUCAGCUGCUGAGAUUGGGGAAGCUGAGACUGAUGAGGUGGAGGUGCCAUCUGCUGUGGGAUACGGAGCUCUUUACUUGGUUACGGCAUUUCCAGUGAUUAUUGGUAUCUCUGUAGUGCUGAUUCUAUUUUACAAUUCUCUUCAGUAAAAAAAAAAAAAAAAGGAGCUGUGCAUUGAAAGAUUGCUAUUUGAGUUUGUACAAUACAAUGUUCACAAAUUCAUGAAAUUAAAAACAAAUGGUUUGCCUCGAGA